UUUCAUAUAUUCUGCUGAAUCGUGGUGUGCUCAGCUGCUCUGUGUAAAAAUGGGUGCCUUAAUUUGUAUAGAAACGCUGAUUAUAACGGUAAUCGUGCUGAUACUCUGUGCCGGUUGGCGCUUGUAUGAAAAGCGGAAGUAUUAUAGCAGUGUAACCUCCAAGUUGCCCACACUUUACGGUAUUCCUUUUAUUGGGCAAGCUUAUCAACUUCUUGAUUUAAAUAAAUUGUACCAUAAUAUCAGUCUUAACAUCGAUACCUUUAAACAAUUAACCGGUUGCUUGUGGAUAGCCAAUACGCCGUUCGUCGUUACCGUCGAUCCUGAGGUUGUCAAGCAUGUCACCACCUCGCCUGUAUUCCUCAACAAAGCCACAGAUUUGUAUAAACACUUCCAUAACGGCGUAAUAAAUGGUAUCAUCGUAAGUCCAGCAAAGAAAUGGAAAAUCAAUCGCAAGGCUAUAACCCCAUUCCUCGCACAUAAUAAUAUCAUGGCAUUCUUUACUUAUUUCAAUGAAAAUGCAAUUAAUAUGAAGAACAGACUGACAAAGCUGGCCGGACAAGGGGAACAGGAUAUUUUUACAAUUAUCAAAGAAUGCGGCUUGCAAUUGAGUCUGUUAACCAUUAUGGGCAUGAAGAUGGAAGAAGGUGAUGAGACGCACAGGGAAAUUGUGGAUGCAUUUAAUGUCUUGAUUGAUCUCAUGGCAAAGAACUCCAUAUACAGUUCGGUGGGCCUAGGUUUUCUAUCCAAUACUCCACGAUAUAAAAGGUACCGUGAAUACCUACGAGACUUUGUACGAUCUCUGAUUAAACAAAACCUUUCACGAAAAAAUGAUUCAAAGACCGAAAACAAUUUCGAAGAGGACAAACAAAUGAUGAUUGAUUUAGCGCUGAAGUCCAUGCGUCAGGGAGUAUUCAGCGAAAAAGAUGUGGAAAUCGAGUGUUUCACAAUGAUUGCAGCGUCUUUCGAAACCUCGGUUAGUGCGGCGUACACUUGCCUUAUGACGUUGGCUAUGCAUCCCGAAAUACAAGAACGUGUUUUCCAAGAGAUUCGCUCCGUAUUUCCCGACGGUAUCACAACCGUAGAGUAUGACGACCUAAAGAAUCUUCCAUAUUUGGAUAUGUGCAUAGCGGAUGCAUUACGUUUGGCUCCGCCAAUACCCUACAUUGGACGCGAGGCUAUACAUGACACCGAACUCUGUCCAGGAGUAAAAAUACCUAAAAAUAUGCAAGUAGUUAUACCAAUUUAUGAACUGCAUAGGCGCAAGGAAAUUUGGGGUCCCGACGCACAUCGUUUCAAUCCGGAUAACUUUUUGCCCGAGAACAUUGCAAAGCGGCACCCAAGCUCUUAUAUGCUUUUCUCGAAAGGCGCACGCAACUGUAUAGGCUUUCGUUAUGCUGAAAUUUCGUUACGUAUCAUAUUGCUACAUGCGUUACGCAAUUUAAAAUUAUCGACAACUUUUAAAUUUCAAGACAUCGUUCAUCAGCCAAAAGUUACAUUGAGUUAUAAAGUCGAACCGCCAAUAAGCAUAGAGAUUAGAGCAAACUAGUUUGGACAGAUUGAUAUUAUCGUCCCAUAUUAUUGUAUAUAUGUACAUAUAUAUAGUAUUAUUUGUGAUUCCCUCGGAACUGUAACUAUUAAUUUAAUAUAUGUAUUGUGUAAAUGUGUCGAUUGUUUCUGAGAAAUAAAUUAAAUUUUCAAAAUAUACCACCCUAA